UUUAUUUCAGGCACCUUGAUAAGAUAGGUGCACGAAUUCAAGUACCUAAUUGGCUUUUUUUUGCUAUAUAAGGUGCAAAGUGACUUGCUUUCAGGUAGAUGUUCUUUUACCUACACGUGCAUAUUGCAUCGAUAAUCCGGUAUUUAAAGCAUAAAGGUACUUUAUCAAUAUGAAUUCAUUCGCAGUCACUUUGGCAUUUACUUUGUCAUUAGCAAUUGCUUUUGCUGCUCCAUCAUCGCCGGUACAGACUCUGAGCAAAGCCGACCAGGCUCUUCAAGAAUGCAAUGCCACAACCUCAGUUAAACGAGAUCCUCGUGUAGUAAUCUUUUCAUCCAUUACGACCGGUGAUUUAGCCAAAUUUUCUCACGAAGAAAAAUGUUUCUUGAACUGCUUUAUACAAAAACUUGGCAUGUUCGAUGAAAAUAGCAACAUCCGUGGCCAAGCACUAGUCAAUUUCACCAUUAGAGAAACUCCCGAACUUGCAAAAUACAGCGAUGUGAUUAUUGCUCAAGUAUUCCAACUUGCCAGAAUGACUCAAGGAAUUGACGACAAAUGCCAAAAAGCCUUCGUAGCUUUCCAUCAAUUCGCCACGAACGUAUUCACCUUACAAAUAGCCGACGAACUGCAAUCCGAAACCGGAAUUAAAGAAAAAAUUAUCAACGCCAUUGAAACCGGACAACACGUCGAUCAAGAAAUUGCCCAACGAGUUAAACAAUAUCUGAAUUAUUUCGAUAAAUUCUCUUCAGAAGUAGGAAAUUACGUGAGAGACGCCGCACGAGCCCAGGCUGCUAAAUUGCAAUCUCAAGCAUCGCAAGCAUCGAAUGUUUUACAGCAACAAGCCAAAGCUGCUGUUUUGUAAUGUGAUCUGAAAUACGCGUUUGUUUUAUAAAAUAUAACCGAGCUUACUGAGUGUUGCUCUUGUUACGACUGUUGAUUAAAAUACAAAAUAUCGUAUUUUUA